AUGUCUAAACCCUCCAUGGUUUCUCAGAGUCUGGGGCCUUCAGCGGAAGACCCUGCUCCUUCGGGUUUGGAGAACCAUCUACGCAACCUCAUUAUCUCCAACGGGACGUCAACACAGGGUUCGCUGCAUAGUGCUUCUUCGCAGCCUGCUCCGGUCUCCCAACAUGGCACCGAAAAUAGUAGUGCACAAGCAGAACCAUCCGAAAGUAUCUCCCAUACGCCCAAACCAGCCCGCAAGCGCCUGAACCAAGCACAGAGACGUCAAAUGAGCUCCCAACUUUCCAUAUCGAUUGAUCAUCGACCUCAACAGCAAUCUCAGAACAGGAACUACCAAAGCCCCAACGCUCAUUAUUCGAGGGCGUCACAGUCUUAUCAAAGGCAGGCCCACGUCGAGUUUCAGCCAAGGGGAGCUUUUAAUGACAAUCGCCAUGGCGGCCCACACGCGCAGCGGUCAUGGAAUAACUCUCAGCAGCCUAGAUCUCGUGGGCAUGACCACUUCCAGCCUUCCAACCACGGUCGCCAGGACCCCAUGGUCGCUCAACCAAAUCGCGGUAGUGGUUAUCUGUACAAUUCCCGGCGUGCUGUUCAGUUUCAUCCUGAAGAGGUUGCAGCUCAGGCUGCUCUACUGGAUCAACUCUGUUUUGAUGUGGUGUCCAAUUCUGAGAUCGGUAUAUCUGAGAUUGCAGAUAAAGAAGACUUCCGUUGCCGCAUCGAAGCCAUCAGCCGGGAGGUGAUUGCUAACCAUGAGAAGGAAGGAAGGCCUAAAGCAGAAUUCCAUCCUCUCACGGUUCAACUCAAGUGUUUCGGCAGUCUAUCUUCCGGGUUCGCAACAAAGGCUUCUGACAUGGAUCUUGGACUUCUUUCUCCAAUGUCAGCUACCCAGCCAGAUGCCCCGGGCUCUCCUAUUCCGCGUUUGUUGGAGAAGGCAUUUUUGGAGGCUGGUCUGGGCGCUAGGUUGCUUACUCGUACCAGAGUCCCUAUCAUCAAGCUCUGUGAGGCUCCGCCAGAGAAGCUACGACAAGAUCUCCUUGAAGAACGCUUUCGAUGGGAGAACGGGCUCGACGAGGUUCAUGAGGGUCACGAUGAUGAUGAUGCCGAUCAGCACACGCCAUUUCAAGAUCAGGAUAAUGGCCGAAAUCAUAUCAAUCAGGCUUCAAGCAAAGUAUCAGUCUCUGCUGAAUUUACCUCCUCAGACGCUGGCACUGGGGAAUCGAAAGUAGUUGAGCUCAAGCAAGGACCAAAGAAUUCUCUUUCCUCGUAUUACGGCUUGGCCAAACGAGUUCUUCGUCGAGCCGGUGGCCGUGAUGUGACAAUUUCGAACUACCGCUCCUUCGUGGAUCACGACUGGGUCUUGUUGAACAGAGUCAGCGAGGCUUUUGUCGCCGGUCUUACAGAUGCAUGCCUCCAAGAUCGCCUGCGCAUCUACCCGUCUCUUACAUUCUCGAGCGCUACAGAUCCACCAGUCAAACGAUCCCUGCUUGGCGUUUAUACUCAGGUGGAAGGUGAGCAGAUUCGGCUGCUAUGGGAGGAGAGCGGUGUAGAAGAGCGAAGCCAACCCUCACGUCUCCUCACUGAGCAAUCGCUGAAACUUUGGGAAGAUGUUCAAUGCAAGGAGAACUUUGGAAUCGAUCCGAUUUCAUAUACCAAGGAGCUUCAACUAGCUCUCGACAAGCUCAAGAAGGCCCCAUCCGUGCAAUUCGUGACCUUGGAGCAGGGCCAACAUGAGACACCAGUGUCUUAUUACACGAGAGCUUUGUACAUUUUCAACGGCUUGAAUCCUGCUAAUCAGGAAGUCGCAUCAAAGUGGACAGAUAGCCUCAUCACUCAGUAUGUUUCUGGUAUUCAUCAAGAGGAUAUACGAAGAACACUACAAAGCUUCAUUACCGCCCGUCCUAAAUCACUGACGCUCAGAGGCAUCGGCCUUCUCCACAAGAGCAUACAUCUGGCAUGGGAAUUUGAACGGGCGCUCGACAAGGGUUUAUACGAUGACACCGUUGUUCAAGAUGUACAAAACUAUGUCUCAUUACUUCGAUCUCCUUUGCAGCAAGCUGAUAGUAACGACUUUGGCGAUGAAUUCUCGAUCCCACUGACCUCAAGUACAUUGGACCUUGUAACGAGAAUCCGUCAGUUGCCCGAUCCACAUAAGAUGGCCCCCAAUCAGCCGCGCGAUCGUUACAAGGAUCAUCUGGAGUUCCCUAAGAUGGGCGCAGGUGUUCAAUGCGACAUCAACUUUUCGGCACAUUUGGCUCUUCAUAAUACGGCGCUUCUGCGUUGUUAUUCUCAUACCGAUCCCCGUGUCCGGCCCAUGGUCCUAUUUGUGAAGCAUUGGGCAAAAGUGCGGGGCAUCAAUUCUGGCUAUCGUGGGACAUUGAGUAGCUAUGGCUACGUUUUGAUGGUCCUUCACUACCUGGUCAACGUUGCUGAUCCUUUUGUCAGCCCCAAUCUGCAGCUAUUCGCUCCGCCGCUCCCACCAGGACUUUCCCCUGUCGAGUUCGAGAACAUGACGAGUUGCCGAGGUCACAACGUCCAGUUUUGGCGCAAUGAGGAAGACAUCUUACGUCUCGCCCGUGCAAACCAGCUCAAUAGGAACAGCGAUACUAUCGGGCAUCUCUUACGCGGUUUCUUCGAAUACUAUGCUCAUAGCAGCAUGCUAAGUACCUCCUCGGGUAGAGGAUUUGAUUGGGGUAGAGAUGUUCUUAGUCUUCGUACUCCUGGUGGCUUGCAGACAAAGCAAGACAAAGGUUGGACGGGGGCCAAAACAGUCAUUGAAGCUCAAAACUUGGGAGCUCACCCCCAGCCCCAGUCCGAACAAGCACCUUCAACAUCAGAAGAUGCUAAGGAGCAUGCUGGGAAAGAGACAACUACACAAGUCAAAUCGGUUAGUGGAGCGCCCAAGAAUACCGAGUUCAAGGAAGUUCGUCAUCGUUACCUCUUUGCUAUUGAGGACCCGUUCGAGCUGGAUCACAACGUCGCUCGAACUGUUACCCAUAACGGAAUUGUUUCUAUUCGGGACGAAUUCCGCCGAGCAUGGAGGAUCAUCAAAUCUGCAGGGAAUGGCAACCCUCAAGAAAACUUACUACGGGACGUGAACGAUAUUGAGGAAGAAGCAGGCCCAUUGUCUCUGCUUCUGGACGACAUUCAUGGGAUUAGCCAAGCUGGGAGCAAAUAA